GACAUAAUGGAGAGACAGAGGAGUAUUUCGCCCACAGAAUCUGAGCUUUAUUAUCUAAUAUCUCGGUUUUUGACAACUGGUCCUUGUCGCAGAGCGGCGGAGGUUCUCGUCAGUGAACUGGAGGAAUAUCAGCUUCUUCCACACAGAUUAGAUUGGGAAGGCAAUGAACAUCCAAGAUCACACAAGGAGUUGAUCAGUGCCAAUAAACAUAUUGCACCAGACCAUUUAUUGCAAAUGUGCAAGAAAAUUGGUCCACUUCUAGAUAAGCAGGUGCCAUCUGGCUUGCAAGGAGUUCACUCUCUGUUGGGGACAGGGAGACACUCCUUAUUCCGUACAGAAAAAGACUGUGGCCAUACACGAUGGAAAGGCUCAAAUUUUGCUGCACUUUUUCGGGGGAGAUUACCAGAGAGGCCUUUGAGCUGCAGGGAUGCCCCAAAUUUGGUGGAGGUGUAUCGAGGCAGGGAGCUAACCGGCACUCAGCGUUUUAGCUUUGUGCAUCCUGUCACUACCUACCAGAACAUGAAAAUGCACAGAAGGAUCCUGGGACAUCUCUCUGCCGUCUACUGCAUCGCUUUCGAUCGAACUGGAUCCAGAAUAUUUACGGGUUCUGAUGAUGCCUUGGUCAAGAUUUGGUCCUCUUUCGAUGGGAGGCUUCACUCCACACUCCGGGGACACCACGCUGAGAUAUCAGAUCUUGCAAUUAAUUUUGAGAACACCCUCAUCGCUGCUGGAAGCUGUGACAAAUCCAUACGCGUUUGGUGCCUUCGUACCUGUGCCCCAGUGGCGGUCUUGCAGGGUCAUAGUGGUUCCAUUACCUCUUUACAGUUUUCUCCAUAUGCAAAGGGCUCCAAAAGGUACAUGGUAUCCACAGGAACUGAUGCAACUGUCUGCUUCUGGCAGUGGGAUGUGAAUAAUAAUACUUUAAGUGACCGUCCCACAAAGUUCACAGAAAGAUCAAGACCAGGUGUUCAGAUGGUGUGCUCUUCAUUUAGCCCUGGAGGCAUGUUCCUAGCUACAGGGAGCACAGAUGAUGUGAUUAGGAUUUACUACCUGGGCAGUGGGAGUCCAGAAAAAAUAGCAGAGCUUGAUUCACACACUGAUAAGGUUGACAGUAUCCAGUUUUGCAAUGCAGGACAGAGGUUUGUGAGUGGUAGUCGAGAUGGUACCGCUCGCAUCUGGCGGCUGCAUCACAGACAUCAGUGGAGAAGCAUUUCACUGAACAUGUCUGCAACUUUGCCAGGAUCUGCGUCGGCGGAAGAGGGCUUUCUCAAACCCAAGGUCACCAUGGUGUCGUGGGAUCGGCAUGACAACACUGUUAUUACCGCUGUUAACAAUCAUCUUCUUAAAGUCUGGAAUUCUUACACAGGGCAGCUGCUACAUGUGCUGAAGGGACAUGAGGCGGAAGUGUUUGUGCUGGAGCCACACCCAUAUGACCCACGAGUUAUGCUGUCUGCAGGUCAUGAUGGCAACAUUUUUAUAUGGGACCUCGUGAGAGGCUGCAAGAUUCAUCAUUAUUUUAAUAUGAUUGAAGGGCAAGGACACGGUGCUGUUUUUGACUGCAAGUUCACCCCUGACGGUCAUCGCUUUGCCUGUACAGACUCUCAUGGUCACCUUUUAAUUUUUGGCUUCGGGACAUCUAAGCCUUAUGAUAAGCUUCCAGAUCAGGUGUUUUUUCACACGGACUAUCGGCCCUUGAUAAGAGACUCCAAUGGGUUUGUAUUGGAUGAGCAGACACAGCAGGCCCCUCACCUCAUGCCUCCACCCUUCCUCGUAGAUGUGGACGGGAAUCCUCAUCCUCCCAGAUAUCAGAAACUGGUGCCGGGGAGGGAAAACUGCACAGAUGAGCACCUGGUUCCUCAACUUGGAUACGUCGCUACAAGUGAUGGUGAAGUAGUGGAGCAGGUAAUCAGCCAGCAGCAAGUUGAGAGUGAAGAACUUCAGGCCAACCACAGUCAGCUAGAUAACGCAAUCCGUCAACUCCAGCAACAGCAGGACAGAAUUGCUGGGGGAUUGCCUGGCACUCCUCGAAGAGUAUCUCUAUCUGAACGAUUGGAGGUAGGGUCUUCCCCUAACGUGGGGCUCAGGCGCAGUGGACAGGUGGAGGGAGUGCGCCAGAUGCAUCAGAAUGCCCCGCGUAGCCAGAUGGCGACAGAAAGAGACCUGCAGGCCUGGCGGCGCAGGGUGGUGGUGCCAGAACUCGCUUCUAGUGCAUACAAGUCUCAGGAGUCCUUCCGGAUGGAAAAGGGGGAGGAGGAGCUCACCCUUUAUUAUGACAAAAAGCGCAGAAUUAUACAUGGAUCCUUCAGGGAUGACUCUGAUGAUGAGGGUACGUGCACUAAGCGCGUCCUGCCACGCAAACAGCACAGGACUUUGGAAAGCAAGAAUAAUGUGGAAGGUUUCAUCGAGGUUUCCUGUGAGGAAGGAGAAGAGACUGCGUCCUCUGAGGACAAUGAAAUAGAAGGUAGUGAGAGGGACUCUGUGGAUGAGGAAGAGUGGAGCAGUGACACACCCAGUCACUCGUCAAGCGAGUACUCUGAUUGGACAGCCGAUGCUGGCAUCAGCGGGCAACAUGCCAUGUCCUACCGGAGACGUGCCCGGAGAAAAAUUAGCAGUUCUGACGAGGAGAAGGAGGACAGCACAGCAGAAGACGAGCAGACAGAGCAAACACAGGAUGAAGACGCACCGUCGUCUUUGCCCCAGGUUACGAUAAAAAGAGAAAAAAGUAAAACACCAAAGUGCCCGAGGUUGACACUGAAUCGAGAAGUGUCCAAUGAUUUCCGGCCCCCUGCCUGGAUUGCUGAUGUAAUUCCACGGAAGUCCCCCUUUGUUCCGCAACUGGGAGAUGAGGUGAUCUAUUUCUGCCAGGGUCACGAGGCCUACUUGGAUGCAGUGUGCAGGAGUAAUCUGUACCCAAUCAAUCUGGAUAAGCAGCCAUGGAGAAAGAUGGACUUGAGAGACCAGGAGUUGGUUAAAAUUACUGCGAUCAAGUACGAAGUGUGUCCUCCAACGCUGUGUUGUUUGAAGCUGACGCAAAUUGACCCUGGGACAGGCAAACUCACACACAAGUCAUUUUCUGUCAAGUACCACGAUAUGCCUGAUGUGAUCGACUUCCUUGUGCUGCGCCAAAGCUACGACGAGGCACGCAACAGGAUCUGGAGGCCAAAUGAUACAUUCCGGUCAGUUAUUGAUGAUGCUUGGUGGUUUGGGACCAUCGUUUGUCAGGAGCCUUAUCAGUCUGAGUAUCCAGACAGCCAUUUCCAGUGCUUUAAAGUCAAGUGGGACAAUGGUGAGAUUGAGAAGCUUAGUCCAUGGGACAUUGAACCUAUUCCAGAAAAUGCCCAGCUGCCAGAGUCUGCUGGCGUAGGAAUGCCAGUCACAGAUGAGGAACGGGCCGAGAUCCUGUACAAACCACAGGAGCCUGAAUGGGGAGGAAGAAGCCGAGAACAGGAGUGUGCACGCAUCGGUGCAGGCAUUGACCAGCUCAUUACAGUGGAUAUUGCUGCACCAUUCUCUGGGCCAGUGGACCUUACUCAGUAUCCUACCUACUGUACUGUAAUUGCAUACCCCACUGAUCUGGGCACCAUCCGCUUACGAUUAAAGAACAACUUUUACAGGAGACUUUCUGCAUUGAUGUGGGAUACAAGAUAUAUUUUUAACAAUGCAAAAACCUUUAAUGAGCCACGUAGCAAGAUUGCACAAUCAGCAAAGUUAAUCACAGAUGUCCUUUUAAAGUUUAUCAGCAAACCGUCUUGUGCGGAUAUUAUGGAAAUCUACAAUGCAGUUGAAAACAUGGAGUACACUGAUGAUGAGGAUUUGGAGAAUAUUAAUGCACCUGGCACAUCUGUAGGCCGAAUGACACACCAGUCAACGGAGGUAGAACUAAACGGGGACGCGUGGAAGGAUGCGUGCAAGCGGCUGCUGGAUUACAUGUUUGAGUGUGAGGAUUCUGAGCCCUUCCGUCAGCCUGUAGAUGAAAAUGAGUAUCCGGACUAUUCGGGAAUCAUAGACACGCCGAUGGAUCUGGAAACCGUUCGGCGUAAACUUGAAGAAGAGGGCUAUGAAAACCCUACAGAUGUGUGCCAAGACACCAGGCUUAUCUUUGCUAAUGCUAAAGCGUACACGCCAAACAAACGAUCAAAGAUUUACAGUAUGACUCUACGCCUGUCUGCUUUCUUUGAGGAACGCAUUAGAAAAAUAAUAUCCGACUACAAAACCGCAGUUAAAAGCAGCAUGAAGUUGAGACGCAGUCAGAGAUUCAAGAGAGUUAAACAGCUGGAACCCACUUCUCUCCCUGACUUAAAACCCUCCAGUAAAAAAAAGACUGCUGUUAAAUCUCAGGAACAUCAAAACCAACCUUCAACCAAAUCUACCUCAGCCAAGGCAUCUGCGCUGAAGCACUAUAAGAGAAAAAGACAAAAGCUAUGCAGUUCUACUUAUAAAUCAGCCAAUGACUCUGACAGCACCAAUAACAGCACUUCCUGUACAUCAGAAUCUGAAAACGACAGCGAUGCGAACAAAGAGAAAUCUCGUUCAUCGUCCUACAAAUUUAGACGAGAAACGAGGGCAACAAGGAGAACCAUGCAGACUAGAAAAGCGAAAAGGAAGCAGGUUAAUGUAAACAGAAGUGACAAUUCAGCUGAGAAUUUAAGUGAGGAUUCUGAAAAAUCCGCCUCCUCAAAACGUCUUCCAUUAAGAAAAAACAGGAGCAGGUGCAAACGACUGACCAGGAACUCUGAGAGAAGAGAGCUAGAGGUUUCAGAUCAGAACAGCAGUAGCAGGUCAUUACGUGCGGAGCGCAGAAAAGCUGAACAUCAUAGUGACUCGGACUCGGAGGCAUCCAGCAGUGACAAAACAUCGGAGUCGUGCACAAGCCGCAGACCCAGGAAAACAUUCAUGGCUGCCGUCAGUAAGAUGAAACAGAUGGACACCUCUGAUGAAGAGGAUGAACCGGAGCAAAAGACCAGUUCCAGGAUCAGUAAGCGUGCUACAGUUAUCCAGAGCAGCUCAGAGUCUGAGAAACAGGAUUAUAAAGGUAAAGGGUCCAGUGACAGUGAAGAAGGCGGCACCAGUUCGGAGGAGAAAAGCGAACCCAGUUCUGAUUGUAACGUUUCCUUUGUACAUCAAAAUGGCAAAAGCAGCAAAAGGUCAUCGAAUAGAGCAAAAGAUGAAUCCUCACAGAUUAAUGGGCGUGGCAAAAGAGACGACCACGAACAGAGUGCAAAGAGCAGCUAUAAAGACGGCGUCAAUGAAAGUACAGACAACGAAGACGUCGUUAGCACAAAAAGGCCCUGUAGAAAAACUGCAGCAAUCGCAGCCAGUAAAAUCAAACAGUUUAACGAAAGCGAUCAGGAAGAAGACGAUGAUCAAUACACGAAUGAUGAAUCGACUUCACCUGAGAAGGCUGUGAAGCAUCUUCAUCAGAAUGGACAAAGGUUUGGUACAAAGAACCGCCAGUCGCCUGAUGAAAUUAAAGUCAAAGCAAAGCGACAGAAACGAGCGUCCACGUCAAAAGCUGUAGAAAGUUCAGAUGAUGAAAGUGAUUUAGGUAUGAACUCAGAGGAUGAAAAAAACUGGGGGAAUCAGAGCAGCAGUGAAGAAGAAACCCUGAGUAUGAAAAGGUCACGCAAAAAGAACGAAGUCAGAAGACUUGAAAGUGUUGUUGAAAGCUGUAAUACUUCUGAUUCUGAAAGUCAUAGUGAAGUAAAAGUGACAAACAGGAGACAUAAAAGAAAAGAGGACGUUUUCUCUGACGAAUGGCAAAACGGUGACGUAACAGACAACAGCAAGAAAUCGUCUACUAAAGGACGAGCCCUGAAAAAGAAGAAAUACAUUACAGACUCUGAAGAGGAGAGUAAUUCUACUGGGGGGGAUUCUACACACUCUACAAAUGACAACAGCCCUAUUAAUCACACGAAAGAAGCCACCAAACGAUGCACGACCCAGCGUUCAGGAGACUCCGCGUUAAAAAGGAAGCGCAUCACGUCUGCUUCCGAUUCUGAAGACGGUAAAGAGAGCGCCAGUAUUAAAAACAAGGCUUUGAACAGGAGGAGGAAGCAGGUUCCAGACAGCGAUUCUGGAAAUGAACGGAAAGAGCGCAGGCCAUCACGCGAGCGCCAACAUUCCAGGACCGAUCGCUUCGAAAGAGCCGAUCGGAGAGGUAAACGGCGGACGAAGAAGCGAAAGCGCAGCAGCAGCAGCAGUGAGACCGAAGCCAGCCCGGAAAGCCGGGGUUCUAGCGACGAGUCGCCGUCCUGCAGCCCGGGGUCGCGAAGCCGUCCGAAGCGCUGUGCCGCGGACAAGCCGAGGAGCCGAAACCGAGGCGGCAGGCGUCAUGACGGAUCGACUUCUGAUACGGAGAGGGAUGGUUUCAGGAAGCGCCGGCAGGUCACCCGCAUUCAGACCCGAAACCUUGGCAGACAGACGGUGAAUUACAGAGACUGUGAAUAAGUGACGACUGAUCGGGCUAUGCAAGCCAAGGCACACUAACCAGAGACCUCAAGACACUUGAUUGUUUCAAAACGAGUAUUAGCACUGGAGUUUUCUACCUACUGUGAAUGAAAUUCAGGGAUAUUUUGUGUUUUUUGUUAGGAUGGGGAAGAUUUGGUUUUGCACUGUGCUCAAAAGUAUUUGGACACCAGAUCAUGACCAUCAUGAUUGUGACAUUUAUACAGAUCCCUCGUAGCAGCCACUCUCCUGAGAAGUUUUGUGAGCCCAUUCAGUCAAAAAGGCAUUAGUAAAUCUGGGCACCGAUGUUGCUCAAGAAAGCCUCAGUUGAUCUUCCAGUUCAUUCCAAAGCUGUUCAGUGGGGCUGAGGUCAGGGCUCUGUGCCACUGGAGGAAGAAAAAUCGAGCCUUCCCAAAACUUGGAAGCAUAUCGUUUCCUUUAUAUCAUCGAUUUAUUACUUCUGUUAGUCGUUAUUAUGCCUGAAACACAUGAAUUGAAUAAUGGUGUCCCAAUAGUUUUGUCCACAUAGUGUAUAAAUUAUAGCUAUGAAAUUUGAACCCAGACCCUUUUUUUAUUUUUCCUUCCUUUUUUAUUUUUUAUUUGAUUGGGUUAACAAGUGACUUUCGAGGCGCAUUUCUGUGCUGUCUUAAUAAACCUCCUGCUGAAGCAUAUUUCGCAGGUUUGCACUAAUGACACACUGUGAUAGUGUUUCAUACACUAGUUCCUUUCUCGACACUCAGGGGUCAACCGGUUUACCAUUUUCAACCUGUAUUUUCCCAUCCAGGGUCGGUUUCAUUGAAUGUAACCGACGUCUGUUCUACUUUGAGUUCAAUUUUUUCAUUAUUAAAACAUCUGUAUUGUGUUUGUAGUAAUGAUUGUUAGUGUGUUCUAGUUUUUUUUUCAGUGUUUUUUUCUUUCAUUUAUUUCUAUCUGCAUCUUUUCCGGAUUCUUUGAAAAUCACACGGCAAAAUGUUGAAUAUUUGAAUACACUCGUCAUGCAUUUCCUUGCAUUAAAUUCAAACGCAUUGUUUUUCCAUGAACUGCAAAUGUUUGCCAAGUACGGGGCAUUAAAAACCAGUACUUGUAAGAACGCUGUGCUUUCUCAUAUUGGGAAGAUGCCUCGGUGACCUGUUAUGUAUUUUUCGUAUGAAUUAAUUUUCUGGACUUUGAAACAAAUCUUUUGUACCCUGUUUAUUGAAGUGUUGGAGCUUAUGAAACAGCUGUAAUGACAUGAAGAACAAUGUUCACAAUAAAUGCUAGAAGCAGA